GGUAUUAUUCUAACACAAUUUAAUUUAAACAUCAGAUGUCUAGACAAGGCAGCGGUUGUGGAAGAAGAACAAAACGCAAGGUGCGGCGAGGGAUGGAGGAACAACCCAUGGAUAGUGUCAAGAGUGAGUGAAGUGGAAGAAGUGAAGAUGGUGCUUAAGCUUCUUCCCAUCUGGUCCACAUGCAUCCUCUUCUGGACGGUCUACUCUCAGAUGAACACCUUCACCAUCGAGCAGGCUACCUUCAUGAACCGAAACGUUGGCGCCUUCCAAAUCCCCGCCGCCUCCUUCUCCGUCUUCCUCUUCCUCACCAUCCUACUCGUCACUUCCCUCAAUGAGCAGGUCACCGUUCCUCUUGCCAGACGGUUCACCCGCUCUCCCCAGGGGAUCACCAGCCUCCAGAGAGUCGGAGUCGGGCUUCUCCUCUCCGUUCUCGGGAUGGUGGCGGCUGGGGCGGUGGAGAAGCACCGGAGAGAGAGCGCGGUGAACAACGGCGUCAAGAUCAGAGCAUUCUGGCUGAUUCCUCAGUUCUUCAUCGUCGGAGCCGGAGAAGCCUUUGCGUACGUUGGGCAGCUGGAGUUUUUCAUCAGAGAGGCGCCGGAGGGGAUGAAGUCGAUGAGCACCGGUUUGUUUCUCAGCACGCUUUCCAUGGGGUUCUUCGUGAGCAGCGUGUUGGUGGUUGUGGUGGGGAAGGCCACCAAAGGCGGGUGGCUAAAGAGCAACCUCAACGUAGCCCGGCUCGAUUACUUUUACUGGAUGCUGGCUGUGUUGGGAGUGGUUAAUUUUUCGGUUUUCGUGGUUUUCGCAACGAAGCACCGGUACAAGGCGCAGCUGCAGGGAGAAGAGCUGAUCAUCAAGACUUGUGAUCAGGACAAUGAUGAAAAGGAGAGCGCUUAAUUAGCUAGUGUUUUAAGGGCAAGAAGAAGUCAUGUUUUUAACCCUAAACUUAAUUGUCCUGAACCUUAGAUCAUAUGGAUUCUCAUCUUCUCUUACUUCUUACAGACAUGUCAAAAGACUUGAUGUCUGUUUGUUGUGCCUCUGCAGGUCUACUAAAAAGUAAAAAUUCUAAAAUAAAAACGUGAUUGAGGAGAAAGCUUGAAUUGGGUCAGUUGAGUGAGGAUACCAAUUCAAUGUAGUAUAGAACAAAGAUUGUGCAUUUAUACUCUAUCCUCUAGGGGUACGUAAUGUAUAUUUUCAAGUAGGGGUGCCCGGGUGGGUUUAGUUUGGCGGUUCGGUUUUCACCCAAAACUAAAGACAAAAUGAAAGUUAAGUUGACGG